UUUUAUAUAUUUAAAUUCGGUAUUGUAUCUUUUUUUUUUAUUGUAUACUAUGAUUUACUGUGGAAAUGAUUAUAUUGUUUCAUAUUUCAAAACGCAAAUUGACAAAAUGAAAUUUUACAUUUAUACAAAAAUUAUAAGCAGUCUGUACAGACUGUUUUCUCUGCUGCGUGUGAAAUAUAAUAACAUAACCUAAAAACGUAACAAAAACAUAUAUAAAUAUUAUAUACGAGCAUAUUCCGUUUCAUGUAUUUAAUUUCAUUUUGUGAAAUGAAAUGAAAGUGAUAUAAAGAUUGUAAACAGUUCAAGAUAGAUAUAUUUAUAAAAAUAUAGUCAAUUAUAUAGCACGAUGUUAAAUAUUUUAUCUUAUAGAAGUACAACGAACUCUAUUUGUAAAUUACAAAUCGUUUAUCAAUCGUUGAUAAAAACUGCUAAAUACAGAAAUUCGGUGGUUUGUAGAUCUCUCAAUUCUUCAUCCAAACCCGCAUUUGAAACAAAAAAUGCAAGAGAAUGUAGCAAACAAUUUGUCGAUGUAAUAAAUGUAAAUACAAAUGUACAAAACAAUGUAAUGUUAUACAAAAAUACCAGUAGUACCGUAUUUAUAAAACUAGUUUUUUUUGGAUGGGGUUUCUGUAAUAUCAUAAUAGCGCUUAUGACGUUUAACCCAAAAUAUGUAUCAACGUGGUUUGAAGAUUUAACUUGGACAGAAUACCUUAAAAGAAAUGGAAUAGCAUUGAUGUAUUUUAUAUAUUCUGUAUUAGCAGGACCUCUUGGCUGUGUAGCAUUAUAUAUAUUUAAUCACAGAAUUAUAAAAUACAUAAUUUUACACAAAGGUGGUAAAGAUGUAUCAAUAGUUACUAAUCAUUUAUUUAAAAACGUUGAUACUAUAACACUUCCUCUUGAGAAGGUAAAGACUACAAUGGCAAGAGAUCAAAUAAAAAAUUAUUUGCCAUUAAAAAUUCAAGGCAAGAAGUUUUUUUAUCUUGUUGAUGGUCAUGGAAAAUUUUUCAAUGAACAAUUAUUUGAUUAUACAGUUGGAAGGGCAAAAACUUGGUAGAGAUACUUUAUAAAUUAUGUAUAUUAUAAAUAA